AUGGCUGCCAACUCCUUCACCUCAGUCCUCCACCCCCUAACCCAAACCUUCAAACACCAGACCUUAAUAAAACCACAGAAGAGAUUAGUUUCCAAACCAGCCACCACCGUUAAUAUCACCACUUCCAAAUUACGGGUCGCGGUCAUUGGCGGAGGCCCAGCAGGGUCCUCCGCUGCCAAAUCUCUUGCCUCUGGCGGCAUCGAGACAUACAUAUUCGAGCGCAGCCCAGAAGCUGCCAAGCCGUGUGGUGGGGCUAUCCCUCUUUGCAUGCUCGACGAAUUCUCGAUCCCCACCCACCUCAUUGACCGCAAGGUCACCCAGAUGAAGAUCAUCUCACCUUCGAACCUCACGGUCGAUUUCGGCAAAACGCUCAAGCCCCACGAGUUCAUCUCCAUGGUCCGCCGCGAAGUGCUCGAUGACUUCCUCCGGGCCCGGGCCGAGGAGUGUGGGGCCAUCCUGAUUAAAGCCCUUGUCAAGAACAUCGAAAUCCCUAUAUCUGAAAUAUCCCCUUAUAUAAUCCACUAUAUUUCUAACAAUACUCACAAAUCCCUAGCCGUAGAUGUUGUGAUAGGCGCAGAUGGAGCAAACAGCAAGGUGGCUAAGUCGAUAAAGGCAGGAAACUACAACUGCGCAAUUGCUUUUCAAGAAAGGAUUAAGCUUCCGGAGGACAAAAUGAAGUACUACGAGAAUCUGGCGGAGAUGUACGUGGGGGACGACGUCUCUCCCGACUUCUACGGGUGGGUUUUCCCCAAAUGCGACCACGUAGCUGUUGGGACGGGCACAGUCCGGUCAAGGCAAAACAUCAAACACCUUCAAGGCGCCAUCCGGAAUCGAGUCAGAUGCAAAAUUGACGGCGGCGAGAUUAUCAAGGUCGAAGCUCACCCGAUCCCAGAGCACCCCAGGCCGACCAGGGUCCGGGGAAGGGUGGCUCUGGUCGGAGACGCCGCUGGAUAUGUGACCAAGUGCUCCGGCGAAGGCAUAUACUUCGCAGCCAAAAGCGGGAGGAUGUGUGGGGAGGGGAUCGUUCGGGCGUCGGAGAACGGCGUCAAGAUGAUAGGAGAGAUGGAUCUGAGGAGGGAAUACUUGAGGAGGUGGGACGACGAGUACUUGGAGACGUUCAAGUUCCUGGACGUGCUGCAGAGGGUGUUCUACGGGAGCAACGCCGGAAGAGAGGCGCUGGUGGAGCUGUGCGGCAAGGAGUACGUGCAGAGGAUGACGUUCGAGAGCUAUCUGUACAAGAGGCUGGCGAAGGGGACACCGGUGGAAGAUUUGAGGAUGGCGGUGGACACCAUCGGCAGCUUCAUUCGGUGUAGCCUAUUGGGGAGUGAGAGAAGAAGGCGACUUUUGGAAUUGUAG